AUGUUAAAUAAUUUAUUUGAGUCAUUAUGUGUAACAAGUGCUUUGGAGAUCAGGUCGAAUCUUUAUUUCUGCUCUCCUCCCUUUAUAUACAUCAACGAAUAGAAAUACUAAUUCAAUGCAAAGACCAUAUACUUGCUGGACAACGUCAUUGUAAUUUAUACGAUCGAUAAUGGCAUCAAAUUUGUUAAUUAAGACUUGGAAGUGCUAUCCUCCUACACUCUUCCUCAAAUACCACUGGCCAUAUAUCCUUAUAAGGAUUUCAUAGUGCUGGACUACCAAUACGAAUAUUAGAUCUGUAAAAUCGAUGAGAUUGAGAAUCUAGUAAAGAAAAACAAAAUAGUGAGUUUUGCGCCAAAUCCCACCAAUCAAUUAACAUAUGUGAUCAAACAAAAAUUGAUGGAAUGCAAUGUUGUCUACUCUCAUAAAUUUAUGGAUAUAGAAAUGGGUGUUGAACAGAUCUACUGCAUAUCCAAAACCUAACCCCACUUCCUCUACCAAAGCAUUGUAUUUCCCCAACUAACAAUCAUCGACCUGAAUAGAUGCGAAGAAUUGUACCACAUCGAAUUCGGAUCUUAAAUCGAAUAGAUAUUCUUGUAUCACAACACCUUCUUACUUCAGAGUGAGAACAAAUUGUUCUAAAUGCAAAAUCAAGAAAUUGUAGAAUUCAAUUCAAGCAUCUAAUUCAGAGUAAGUUGUGUGGUUGAAUUCAACAAUCAAACCUUCUUUGGAUCCAUAAACGAUAAUUCCAUCCUUGUUAAGGAUAAUUAGAUUAUUAAGGAGUUCUAUAAUUUGGGCUAAAUAGUAGAUAUACAUCCCUGUAAUCAAAUAUGUUUCAUUGCAAGUUACAAUAAGAAAUACCCAGUAAGUCUAUUCAGAAAAGGCAUUAAUGAAAAUGUCUUAGAAAGAUACAAAUUAACAAAUGAAUUGAGACCAAGAAAGAUCUUCUACGUAAAUCCAUCCUUGAUGAUGCUUAGCUUCUCUUAGUCCUCUGAAAUCUACACCAUCCCUCAAUUCAUUAUUGCAGACAUCAAAGUGAUCAAGAAUUAAAAGACUCUAUUAAUCCAUUAACUUUCCAGUAUGAUGUUGCUACAAAUUACAGUUAAUAAAGUGAUAUUCCUGCAAUCAUAUGAGAAUAUUACAUAUCAAGAAGAGUUUUAUUAGAAGAUAAAGGAUUGCAGGUUAGAUUUAGCUAAUAAAGCCUUAUAUCUCUACUUAGGCAAUAAUGAAUUAAGAUUGUACACGGUUAACGAUUCCAAUAUUACAUUGAUAUCUUAAUAGGUAAUCAAUCGACUUAGUGCAUUCUAAAUCAUAAAUAAGAAACUUCACUAUAGCACUUGGUUUUAAUUUGAAUUACAUAAUUUUAAUGAUUAAUAACAUUAUUCAAUCAAUAAUAUCAACAGUACGAUUGUAUCUAUUGAAUAAACUCAGAAUUUCAUUUUAUUGGGUUUGAUAGAUGGUAACUUGGUCACUUUAGCCUCUGACUCAUACAGAGUUCACAAAAUAUUUUAAAUUAGCAACACGCAUCCAAUUAAAUUGAUGAAGUUUAACAAUAAAGUGAUAAUAUUUUCACAUCAUAUCUACAUGAUUGACAAUUAACUUUAAUAAAUUAUUGUGAAUUGGGAUCAUCUCUAUGAUAUCAGUUUCCAAAAUGAUAAACUUAUUGGGAUUGUUUAAAAUGAAAUCCAAAUGGUUACUUUGAGUUAGGGAUCCAGUUCAUAAUGCAGAGAAUUAAAAUUCAUUAAGAACUUAGAGAUUAAAAACUUGAGAUUCUUUAAGGAUCAUUUGAUAGUUUUGACAACUUAGAAUCUAUUGUUGAGUUACUUCGAUGAUCAAUUAAAAACUCAAUCUCAGUAACAAUUUUAAAUAGAAAAAAUGGAAUAAUAUAAUAACAUAUACUUGGCAGGAUUCACAGAAUCUUAAUAAGGAAAAAUCAACAUUGUAAAUGAAUAGCUAUAAUUAAUUUAUAAUUAUACUUAUUCAGAACCAAUCUAUGAUCUCAAACUCCAUUAAAAUGUUAUCUUUUUUUCAACUGAAACUGCCAUUCAUUCAAAUGACGGAUAAUUUGUACACAAUUUCAAUGUUCCAUUAAAGGGAUUUGACAUCAAGGAUAAAUACUUCUUAAUAUAUGAGAAUUUCAAAGUAUUUGUUUAAAACUAUAAUUUAAGGGAGCCCAUUUAUUUUAUUAUGACGAAAAGAUGAUAGCCCUAGGAAGUUUGAAUUGUCCUUGUCAAUAUGCUUCCUUUUAUUACGACGAUAUAAUUUGUUUCUCUGAAAAUGAUGUUAAAAUUGCAAAGUUGAAUUUGCUUACAUUCACUAUUAGUGAACAGAUGGAAGUUGCUAUAUCAAACCCCAUUGAAGUCACUUGUGUAAAGGAUAGGUAUUAUGGAACUCUAUAUGGUGUAUUAGGAUAUUAUGAAUGAAUUAUAAUCAUAUUGUUUUUAUUUUUAGAUUCAAAAUUUUAAUUUAAAAUUAUGUAUUAGGAAGACACCCUUAACAUAAAUCAAAUUCAAUUUAAUCAACUUCUAUUGGAGGCUCACAGUCAAUUUUAACUAAGAGAUAUGAAUCAGGCAAUUAGAUUAUAUGAGGAAGCUUUGAAUUGCCAAGAGGCUGGAAGAGGUAAAAUCAAAUAUAAAUUACAAGAUAUUGAUAGAAUGGCUAUAAUCCUUGCUAAUUUGGGCAUAAUUUAUUUUCAUAAUUGCGAUUAUAAAUAAGCAACUGAAAAGCUAAUUUAAGCAUUCACAAUGCUGGAUAGAAAGAAUGAUUUCAAAUGUGCAUUACUAAUUAAGAUUUUAGUAAAUUUAAAUUUGAUAUCAAUUCUAGGGAAAUUUAGCAAUUAUCAAGUUAAUAACAACAGAAUUUUAAGAAUGCAAAGAUUAUAAUGACUAAGCAAUUCAAUUAAUUUUAUCAGCGUAUAAGUUAAUAAUAUUUUAGUUAACCCCCAUUGUAAUAUCAGCUUUUCAAAGAGCUCAUGUACAUAUAUUAUAGGUUUUAAUCAUUUGAAGCUAUGGGAGAUGGCAAUUUUGAAAAUCUAGAAUAAAAGUGUACUGAAAUUUAUAUAAUACUAAUGUAGAUGAUGGAUAGAGUUUAGCAUGCUUUUAUUCUUCAAUGGGAUUGAAUCGUGAACUAUGUGGAGACAUGGCCCUUGCCUUUAGGUAUCAUCAGAAGGCUCUAAAAUUAUGGUAUGAACUUAAGGAAAAUGGGUUUAUUGUAAUUACAUUAAGAAGAAUCUUAACAAUAGCACAAAAUGAAAGAAUGGAUUGUAAGGAUUAUGUGUAAUAAUUAUAAAAAUGUAUGUAAUCUCCUGAAUUAAGGGGAAUCAGCCCAGAAAUUUUGUUUAAGGAUUGUGAAAAAAAGUUAUAAUGUGCUAGAGAAGUAUAUAUUUAUUACAUUUUUCAUUUAGAUAACCACAUCAUUGCAAAAAUUGGAAUAAUAAUUGAAUUAUCAAAAGAAUUAGUAAUUAUUGUCAUAGCCGUUAACGGUUAAAUAACAAGAUGAAUUUUGGAAACUUGCCCUCAAAUUAAGACUCAAGAGAGCUAUCCAAUAUUGCUAUCAUCAAAUGUCAUAAUAGGAAGUUGAAAAUGCAUCUUUACUAUCAUAAUCUAUUGCGUAACUCGAACAUUCUUUGAAGUUAUUGGACUAGCAAUAACCAUAUGAAAACUAUUUAUAAAAUUUACCAUUUACAAAGGAAUCAGUCAAUAUUAUCAAAUCUCAUUUAUUAAAAUUCAAUCGAAUCUGCUUGAAAAUAUAAUUACAACCCUUUCUCAACUAUCUUUAUUAGUUAAAACAAGAUGAUGAUUAAGGACAAUAGCAUUUUUAAUAGUAGCAAUUUAAUUCAAAAUUUUAGUCUAAUUAACCAUACAAUUAGUAAAUUUAAAAUUCAAAUUAUUAAACUUAACAAUAACCACAGUCUUUAUCUAAUAGAUAAAAGUAACUUGAUUCUAUAAAUUCAUAAUACAACUCUUAACAAAGUUAGGCUAAUAAUGAUUACUAAAAUUAAUUGAAUGUUUAAUCCUAUCACUCAACAAAUGAUUAAUAAAACUAUAUGGUAAGAGGUUAAAAUCCAGUCUAAUAUUAAAAUAAUCAAUAUUAAUAAUUUAAUAACCCUACGCAGAGCAAUUAUCCACAAAAUAACCAAAUUGAACAACAAGAUUUCAAAUAGUAGAAGUAAUAAACAAUGUAUGCAAAUAAUUAUGAGUAGCAGUAAUUAAAAAAUAGUGGGUAAUUUGGAUCAUAAAUUAUGGGUGUUACUGGAAAUAAUCAAUCGAAAGUUAAUAAUCCCUAAUAAUAAUAAUUUUAUUAGUCAUAGUAAUAGUAAUAAUAGUAAUAAUAAUAAUCGUAAUAUUAAUAAUAAUAAGCAAAUCUAAAAUUCUCAAAAUCUUAAUAGAAUCCUUAACAAGUAAGAUAAGGUUAAAAUAUGACAGUUUCUCUAACAAAGUCAUAAAAAUUAAAAAAUGUAAGUCUUCUUAACGCUGCCUAUAGAACCGUCAUGUUGGGAGAUUAACUUACUAAAUGCAACAAGUCUUCAAAUGGAAGAAUAGAAAGAUUUUUCAUUCUAGCUAAUGAUGGAACUUUUAGAUGGGCUCAAAAUAAUAAACAUAUUAAUGACCCAAAGUCUGUAAACUCCUAUCUGGUUUCCGAUAUAAGAGGUUUAUUGUAUGGAAAAGUAACAGAUGUUCUUAGAAAAUCAUACAAUGACAAAUUAGAACCUUGGUUAUGCUUUUCUUUGGUAAUGAAAACUAGAUCAAUGGACUUUUACGCCCAACCUUUAUAAGUAUUAAUUUUCAUUCCUACUUUAGAUUAACUCUUGGGUCUUUGCAAUGUCUGAAGAAAUAAAAAGAAGAAAUCCUUCUGCAUUUGUGAUUACCCCAGGGAAGAUGUUAUGGAGAAAAAUAAAGAUUAUCUUACACUGGUAUUUUGUGGAUAAAAAAAAAGAAAAAGGAGGGAAUAAAAAAAAGAUUUAGCGCGAAAUUAGAUUUGCUAAACUAUUGGUUUUAUAUGCAAAUAAUCUAUAGAGAUUACCUUAAAUAUAAUGA